AUGGCCCGUGUACCGCAACUGUACGCUAUUCCCCGAGCGCAGCAGUCCCAGCACUCGCAAGUGGAUGACCCAUUCUCCGACCGCUCUGUGCCCUCUCCGAGUGACCGCGACUUGCACGCCCCUCCGGUCCACGAUGAGAGGAACAGCACGAAUCUGUCUUCGAUCGGCGGUCUGCUCCUCGGCGGUGGCAACAACAAGCCGGCGUUCCGCGACGAGGAGGAAUACGUAGGAGUGGACAAGAACUCUCUGCACGCGCGAGUCAUGCGCGAUAUGGUCGAUUCAGCUUAUGAGCCUGCAUACGACGAGCCGACGCCCAACUAUGAGAUGUACGACGACAACAAGGCGCGAGCGAGCCGCUCUCUCAACAAGGCUCCUGCCGGUGGCUACGAGCAGCCGGGUACGCCGACACGCGCGAACCUGCCCAAGCUGCAGAUGCCCACGCCCUCUACCCCGACGAGGCAGUACGCUCAGCUUGGCCCGCACGGCCCGCCGACGCCGAGCACGCCGACGCACCCCAACGGCAAUGGGGCGCCGAUGGGACACCCCAUGUUCAACCCCACCCCGAUGCACCAGCCGCAACCCCAGCGGCCGAUGCCGAAGGUGCUCAUCCCGCACGACACGGGCACGGUCGUUCCCCCGAACACGUUGCCUGUGUCUCCCAUGCUCGCGGCUCCUCCUCGCGCGCACUUCUCGCCGAUGACUCCUCCGGCCUCGCCUUCCUCCAAGGCGAUCGGCGCGAUCGAGGCAAACCUCAACUCGCCCCUGUCCGGCUUCGACAAGAUGCGCGAGAAGGGCACCUGUUUCCGCGAAGGCGAGGACGAGGUGCUGACCUCGUUCUCCCCCCGCAUAACGGGUGAGGGAAGGCCGAGGCCGCGCCCCCGCCAGCCGGGAAACCCGAACGGACGCAAGUCGGCCUUCCGACCGCUGUCGACCGUGGACUUUUGGAAGCGCAUGUCCGUCGUCGCCAAGACCCACGACCCGCGCAAGGAGUCGGAGUGGAUGAAGAGCAAGAAGAGGUCUAUCUGGAAGAACCCGAUGUUCGUCAUCCCGCUCGCCCUCACGAUCAUCGCGGUCAUUGCCGUGAUCGCAUGGGGCGUGCACAAAGUGCAGAACACGGAGAGUCAGAUGGGAUGA